UGUCCUCGCGGCAGCGGAGUGCCUCGCCGGGGAUCACACUCCGGGAGCACCGGAAGGAGGCCCUGGAGAGAAUGGCCGUCAUGGCGAAUCUGGGACUGCACGUCUUCCAUCCCGAGUGGCAGAACGUACGGCCAGGCGCAAUGCCCCAGGGCAGACAGUACAGCACCACCUUCAGGAUGAUCGCUAUGAAGGUCUUCGGUCGAGACGAGGAGAUCACCCUGCCGGUCCAGACCUGCACGAAAGUCGUCGACGUGAGGGAUGCAUUGGCCCGAGCGCUGGGCCUCGAUCCAGAGAGCAUCAGCUUCUUGGUGAAGCAAGGAUGCAGCACGCGAAAGCAGAUGCUCUCCGAGGAGAUCGCGGCUUGUGUCACAGUGAAAGGCAUCAAAUCCUUUCGGCCCGGCAGACAUCAGUGGCCACAUCCAACUGGCGUCAUAGGUGCCGGCUACAAUGGAUUGAAAACUGCCAUGCUCUACACGAAGGCCGGGAAUGACAACUACGUGGUCUUCGAUCGCAACGACAAGGUUGGUGGAUACUGCUGGAUCACCGCAGCAAACACGCACUCGAAAUUGCAAACUGAAUUUGGGUCCUUUCACAUCUGGUGGGGCCAGGACCUUGUGACCGAGAAGUGUCCUUACCCCAAGGGCUGGGAGAUCUGGCCCAAAAAGAAGGAGGUCUUGGCCCACUUCCAGCAUGCGGCCGAGGCUUACGGAGUUCUCCCGAAUUUCCGGUUCAAGACCAAUGUUGCCAAAAUGGACGUCAUCGGCGAGAAGGAGGACCACGAUCGGUACUACAGACUGACCGUAGCACCAGUCGAUGGUGGAGACUCCACGGAGGUGAGCGUAUCAAGCCUCUUCAACUACCCCGGCUGCAUGACCAGGAAUCGAAUUAUCGAUUACCCUGGGGAAGACGAGUUCGGUGGCGCCGUUGCAUACGGCAUGAACGACGACUGUCCGUACGAAGAGCUGAAAGGCAACAACGUAGCCAUCUUGGGCAACGGCGCCUUUGCAGUGGAAAAU